GGCAUUGAUCCCCUGGUGUCUGGGCGUUCCUCCUGGGUAUAUUUUAACACCCUCUAUCAUUUGUAAAGACUGUAUAAGAAGCAGAAGUGAUGAAAGCAGAGCAGUCAGAGGCUGCAGAACAUCUCCCUGCCUGUCAUCAGAAUGGAGAGCUUCUGGGUAUUCUUCACCGUUUUCCUGUUGGGAGGUUCUAACCUGAUUUGGUGCCAGUCAGAUGAUUGCUCCGCUGUCAAAGGACAGGAUGGUGUGAUGGGUCGACCGGGGAGGGAUGGCCGUUCAGGACAUAAAGGAGAUCGUGGUGAUCCAGGAGCUCCUAGUCAGAUUCUGGGACAGACUGCAAGCAAAGGAGAUGCUGGAGAUCCUGGAGCCCCUGGUGAGCCUGGUAAUGUAGGCUACAUAGGACUAGAAGGGCCUCCAGGACCUUCAGGAGAUCAAGGCCCAAAAGGAUCCAAAGGUCCACCGGCAGACACAAGUGCUCAGCACAAACCAGCUUUCUCUGCCAUCCAGCACAACAUUAAAGAAAACCGGCUGGUAUUCACCAAAACUAUAACCAAUGAGGAGAACACGUAUGAUAGACACACAGGGGAGUUCACCUGCAAGGAGCCUGGAUAUUACUACUUCACAUUCCAAGUGGUCUCACUGGGGGACCUCUGUCUUCAGAUCUGGAUAAAGAAAAGUGGAGAUGAAGGAAAGAAGCUGCUGAGUUUCUGUGACCGUAAUGUGCGCAGCCAGCCACAGGUCAACUCAGGGGGCUCUGUCCUCAAUCUGGACACUGGGGAUCAGGUGUGGAUUGCAACAGAUGACAAAAACCGAAGAAUUGCUGGAGCAGAAGUCAGUAGCAUCUUUAGUGGCUUCCUGCUCUUCCCAAGAGUUGAAUGAGCAAAUCACUGGACACUGACACUGGAACCCAUCCCCCUUCCCUGAACUAGUCCAUAAACCGAAACUUGUAUCCAGACCCUGGCUGGUCAGUGACCAUGUAGUGUCCACUUAUACAGAAACACAUGUCGCUGUGCCAGUAGUAAAAAUUCUGGGGUCCGGCCCCUGAGGAUCUCUCAGUUUUGAACUCAUUUAUCAUUUUUAGCUUGCUCAUUGAUAUAUUCUGUACGUAUCUGUCCUGCAGUCCACUAUGCUCUAAAUGAAUAAACUGCUUCAACCUUC